AUGGGAAAACGACCUAUCGAAGAUGACGCAGUUGCGUCUUCUGAGCUUUCACGCAAGAAGAGCAAGAAAGAGAAGAGUGGGAAAUCAAAAAAGUCUGUGAUAGGUGAAGGCGCCGACACAAAUGGCCAUGCGCCAGCGGCAGAAACGACUGUAGACGGGUCUGAGAACGAAGCGCUUUCCAAGGCAGAGCGCAAAGCAGCGAAGAAAGCCAAAAAAGAAGCAAAGGAAGCGAGCAAGGCUGGCAAAGCCGAUGCGCCGACUGUGGAAAACGACGAAGAAGCUGCAAAGGCCGCAAGGAAAGCUGCUCGCAAGGCAGAGAAGAAGAAGCUCAAGGAGGCGGAGAAGACAGCGAGCUCUGCACCAACAGAGGCUUCGUCUGUUCCCGCGCAGACCCUGUCAAGUUCCAAUGCAGGCUCCUAUACCGAGCAUACCGAGUUGGCGCAGCUCCCCCAAUCGGAAAUUGACGCCUUCUUGACGAAGAACACCAUGACCAUCGAAGACCCAAAGCCCGCCGCGCGCAAACUCCGGCCCAUCGUCAACUUCAAGUACCUUCCUGUGACCGACGAAUCACAGCGAGCGCCCUUUGCGGGCUUCACUGCCCCCACGCCUAUACAAGCAGCAACAUGGCCUUUCUUGCUCUCUGGCAGGGACAUGGUCGGUGUGGCGGAGACGGGAUCUGGCAAGACGCUCGCCUUCGGUGUGCCAUGCGUGCGGGCCAUCCUGUCCUUGCCCAAGGACAAGCGCAAGGGAAUCAAGGCGGUUAUUGUGUCCCCAACACGCGAACUGGCUGUGCAGAUUUACGAUCAGCUAGUAGCACUGGCCCAUCCUGCUGGGCUUUCGGUUGUUUGCGUGUACGGCGGUGUGCCCAAGGAUCCGCAAGUCGCUGCUUGCCGGAAGGCGCACAUUGUCGUAGCUACACCUGGUCGCUUGAACGACUUAAUUGGCGAUGGCUCAGCAGACCUCAGCAAUGCCGACUACGUGGUUCUCGACGAAGCAGACCGUAUGCUUGACAAAGGUUUUGAGGAGCCCAUUCGUCAAAUUAUCUCGCAGACGCCCAAGAAGCGCCAGACUCUCAUGUUCACAGCGACCUGGCCGCCCUCGGUGCGCGAUCUCGCGUCUACCUUCAUGGUCUCGCCAGUGCGAAUCACCAUAGGAGAUAAUCAGUCUGGCGAGCUGCGCGCUAAUGUGCGAAUCAAGCAACUCGUCGAAGUUCUUGACCCGCACGCGAAAGAACAACGCCUCCUUCAGCUCUUGAAGCAAUACCAGUCUGGGAAGAACAAGGAUGACCGUAUCCUUGUGUUCUGUCUGUACAAGAAGGAGGCCAUGCGUAUCGAAAACUUCAUCCGUAUGAAGGGCUUCCGCGUAGGCGGCAUCCACGGUGAUCUCAGUCAAGAGAAGCGCAGUGCCUCGCUUGCGGCUUUCAAGGAAGGCCAAGUUCCGCUGCUCGUAGCUACGGAUGUCGCCGCACGAGGCCUCGAUAUUCCCGCCGUGAAGCUCGUUAUCAAUGUCACCUUCCCGUUGACUGCCGAGGAUUACGUGCAUAGGAUUGGUCGGACGGGUCGUGCAGGUAAAGAGGGUCUGGCCAUCACAUUCUUCACGGAGCAUGAUAAGGGACUCUCAGGGUCUCUGAUUAAUGUCCUUAAAGCUGCCAACCAGGAGGUUCCUGAGGAAUUGCUCAAGUUUGGCACCACCGUCAAGAAGAAGGAGCACGGUGCUUAUGGUGCAUUUUACAAAGAUGUUGAUAAUACGAAGGCGGCGACCAAGAUUACAUUUGACUAAGCCAUCUGUCAAUUGGACUCGUCAUUGCGGACUUUGGCAUUAUUACCUUGCUAUAUAGUAGGUCGGCGAGCUCGCCUGCAGCGUCUGCGGUGAUCUGUGACAAUAUGACAUACAUAGCGAAGGCGUUCCGGCGUUGGGCUCAAAAGUCAAGACACACAUAGAUCGCGGCAACCAACAAACUUACGUCUUUGCCACAGAACGCCCAAGGAGCGGUCCGCAGUGUCAAGGAUCUUUUUGUUUUCGUUAUACAGUAGUGAUUUUGUUCCCGAAGGCUGAGAUCAAUGUACAUGAAGUUUUAUCUUGCUUCCGACAAUGCAUUGUAUCUGACAGA